AUGGCUGACGCUGGCCAGCCACGGACGCUCGCAACCGCGUUUGCCCCGCCGCCUCCGCUGUGGAAACAUUUCACUCCCGAUAACCUGAAGAAGCUUGAAGAGAUCAAGAAGGAGGCGUCCAAGGGUGAGGAUGGGAAACCGCAGCGAAAGAGGUGGUCGCCUUCUGAACUGCGUGGUCUGGAUCUACCGCCAGAGCUUCGAUUUCUCGUGCCCCCAGCGAUACCUAGCUCCGGACAUUACAGCGUUUUUGGAGAGCUCCAAAGCCUUUCGACCGCUCUUCCAUCCUUGAAGGAUCAGGGUAUCACUCAGCUCUAUCCCUCCUCCCCGCCAGCAGACACCGACCGUCAAUCGCCUUCGGAGCCGUCCGGACCGCUUAAUCACGCAUACUAUCUCCUGAAGAUCAGCAAAUCACUCCUUCUAAACUUUCUCGAAUUUGUUGGCGUUCUUUCGGUAUCUCCGGAGCAGUUCGAAGCCAAAAUCGAGGAUCUGCGCAACCUUUUCAUCAACGCACACCAUCUCCUCAAUUUAUAUCGACCACACCAAGCUCGCGAAUCGUUGAUCAUGAUGAUGGAAGAGCAAUUGAGCCGAACGAGGGAAGAAAUCCAGCAGAUGGACAAACUGAAGGCUGAGAUCACGAGUGUUCUGGAACGUUUGGAAGCGGAUGGUAUCGCAGCGCAGUCAUUUGCCCAGAAAACAGAUGAGAACGGCAAACAGGGUUCUGCGUCAAGCGAAAAGACCCUCGAAGACGCACGACUGGUUUGGGACCUCUUGGAUGGUAAUAUCGAGGGUUGA